AUGGCCAUUCCUAUGCAAAGCCCUCCGGCAGAGAUAGUAGCAGCCGCCAAAGCAAGCCUCGAGGAAAACGGCUUCGCCGUGGUUCCCAAUAUCCUUGACCGGCCUGCCAUCAAGAACAUCUAUGAGCGACUCUGGGCAGCAGCUGAUGAAAAUCAGCGGCGUGGGGUCGACCUCUUCAUGCCAGCUAUAGACCCCAACAGCUCAAACGUCCGCGUGUUUUACCUUCUGGAACUUGACGCGGCCUUCCGCGAGCUGAUUCAACACCCGGCGGCUCUAGAGAUCGUUAAAAUGGUCCUCGGCGAUGACAUCCUCGUAUCGAACUUCACCGCGAACAUCGCAAAGCCGGGCUCAGGAUCCAUGGCCCUCCAUUCGGAUCAGUCCCUUGUCGUCCCUGAGCCUUGGGGGGCACCCUGGGCCGUAAACAUCAUCUGGUGUUUGUCUGAUGUCUACUUCGAGAACGGGGCAACGCUCUAUAUCCCCGGUAGCCAUAGGUGGAAACGAAAGAACGAGGUACCAUCGAAUGCUGUGGAAAUGCUCAAACCAUUUGUCGCUAAAGCAGGCUCCAUCAUCGCCAUGGACGCACGCGUUUGGCACACGUCCGGCGCCAACAUCACGAAGGACCAGGAUCGCGCGCUUCUAUUUGCAUUUUACAGCGCGCCAUUUCUAAGACAGCAGGUCAACUGGACAGCGGUAUUCUCGAAGGAGACGAGAGACUCGUUCAGUCCGACUUUUCGCAACCUGCUGGGCCUUGAUAUCAUGGCGAACGCGGGCAAGACGUCGGAUAUGGGUUAUGAAACGAAGCCCCUGUUUGUUUAG